ACGAUUUCACGUUUUUCGUAUGUUUAUCGAUUUGUUUUCUGGGUGCUUUCUCUAAGUCCAAGCUGAUUGGCGAGGUUGAUCUUCAGAAUGAGCAUAGCAGAGGGCAUGGAUUCCGUUUACAGGGACACCAACGCACCCGUAGAGGCUCGUAUCAAAGACCUGCUUUCUCGGAUGACAUUGAAAGAGAAGAUCGGCCAGAUGACCCAGAUUGAGCGCCGAGUCGCCACUCUUGACGCCGUCAAAGACUUCUCCAUUGGGAGUAUACUCAGUGCUGGUGGCAGUGGACCCUUUGCAAAAGCAGCGUCUUCAGAUUGGGCUGAUAUGGUCGACGGGAUUCAGAAGUCUGCGCUUGAGUCACGGCUCGGGAUACCAAUAAUAUAUGCGAUUGAUGCGGUUCAUGGUAACAAUAGUGUCUUUGGUGCCACUAUAUUUCCUCACAAUAUUGGCCUCGGAGCUACGAGGGAUGCGGAUUUGAAUCGAAAGAUCGGGGAAGCAACAGCACUUGAAGUUAGGGCAAGCGGCAUUCACUAUACUUUUGCUCCAUGUCUGGCUGUAUGCAGAGAUCCCCGAUGGGGUAGAUGCUACGAGAGUUACAGUGAAGACACUGAAAUUGUUAGAAAGAUGACUUCCAUUGUCUCAGGCUUGCAGGGUCAGCCAUCCCAAGAACACCCAAAAGGCUACCCUUUUUUGGCUGGAAGAAACAAUGUUAUUGCUUGUGCAAAGCAUUUUGUGGGAGAUGGGGGUACUGACAGUGGAAUAAAUGAGGGGGAUACCAUUUCAUCAUAUGAGGACUUGGAGAGGAUUCAUAUGGCACCUUAUCUAGACUGUAUUUCUCAAGGGGUUUCCACUGUUAUGGCAUCCUAUUCUAGCUGGAAUGGGCGUAAACUGCAUGCUGAUCAUUUUCUCCUUACAGAAAUUUUAAAAGAUAAGCUAGGUUUUAAGGGUUUUGUAAUUUCCGACUGGGAAGCACUUGACCGAUUAAGUGAACCGCGCGGCUCAAACUAUCGUUACUGCAUUUCCACUGCAGUUAAUGCAGGAAUAGACAUGGUGAUGGUGCCUCUGAGAUAUGAAUUAUUUGUGACGGAUAUGAUCUCUCUGGUUGAAUCAGGGGAGAUACCAAUGGCCAGGAUUGAUGAUGCUGUUGAGCGGAUACUCAGAGUGAAGUUUGUUGCUGGUCUUUUUGAAUUUCCAUUCACAGAUAGAUCUUUGCUGGAUAGUGUUGGUUGCAAGUUGCAUAGAGAUCUAGCACGUGAAGCAGUCCGCAAGUCCUUGGUUCUUUUGAAAAAUGGAAAGGAUCCUAAGAAACCUUUUCUUCCAUUAGACAAAAUUGCUAAAAGAAUUCUUGUUGUUGGAACACAUGCUGAUGAUCUUGGAUAUCAGUGUGGAGGGUGGACAGAAACGUGGUAUGGAGGCAGCGGAAGGAUCACAAUCGGCACAACCAUCUUGGAUGCAAUUAAAGAAGCGGUGGGAGAUGAAACAGAAGUAGUUUAUGAGCAAUAUCCAUCAGCAGACACUUUAGCACGUCGGGAUUUCUCUUAUGCAAUUGUAGCUGUUGGUGAGGAACCCUAUGCAGAGACCCCUGGUGAUAAUUCCAAGCUUGUAAUCCCCUUGAAUGGAGACGGCAUAAUAAGUGCAGUUGCUGACCAUAUCCCCACAUUGGUGAUUUUGGUAUCCGGAAGACCCUUGGUUUUGGAGCCAUGGCUUUUGGAAAAGAUAGAUGCUCUGAUUGCUGCUUGGUUGCCUGGAAGUGAAGGAGGAGGAAUUGCCGAUGUUAUCUUUGGGGAUCACGACUUCAAGGGCCGACUACCAGUGACAUGGUUUAAACGAGUCGAGCAACUGCCUUUGCAUAUUGGAGUCAAUUCAUAUGACCCGUUAUUCCCCCUAGGCUUUGGGUUGACGUGCAAUAAAGAGAAAUCUCUGAACUGAUGAGUUGUGUACUAAGGUCAGUUCAAAAAAUAAGGUUUCUCAAAACCAUUUAUGUACAAACAGCUGGUAUCAAAGGUAUUUGCUUUCCAUUUAAA